AUGAAAUGCAUGAGACCAGAAGAUGUGUUGGUGUUGUACAUCACUCAGGCCCAGGAAAUGGAGAAGCAGGGCAAGUACCGUGAGGCUGAAAGGUGGCCAGGACUCAAGGAGGGGCCAAUGCCCACAAACACGUGGCCUAUCUGUGGGCAAAGAGCCUGGGAGGAGAAGCUGCAGUUAGAUUGCUUACCAAGCUGGGACUCCUGGAAGCUUCUGUUGACCACGCUGCAGACAAUUGGACUGGGAGACAGCUCAGUGUGUGGCCGAGGCCCACGUGAGGUGCUUGUGGGACAGGCUUGGAGGGCCUCGGAGGAGGAGGACUUUCAGAAAGCAGAAGAGCUGCUGCUCCGGGCCCAGAGAUCAGGCCUGACUCUCAAUUAUAAUAAGGGGUGUGGAGGGACUCGUGGAACAAGCUCAACACUGGGAGCAGGCUGGGAGUACAGCCGUGCCGUGGACUGCUACCUCAGAGUGCAAGACUCUGGAAACAGCGGCCUGAUGGAGAAGGGCUGGAUGAAGAGCUGGAAGCAGGUGCCAGCCAAGAAAAAAUCAGAGACUUCAAAGCACCAUAGAUGGAAAAAGAUCCAGAAAUUAACAGAUCCACAGAGGAAAGAAACCCUCAGGAUGGCUUGCAGUGAAGCUAACCUGACGUGUGUUGCAUCCAGUGUUUCAGGACUCCCUGGGGACAGGACCCAGGAAAAUACACUCUGGUCAAUGAUGCAGACUCUUCAACAGAUCUCCCGACACCUGAAAAGCGCAAGAUCAAGGCUUAGGGAACAGGAUUUGCCGGAACCACAGGAUACAAUUUCUUCAUCUAUCGCCUCUGUUCUUGUGUCUCAGAAGACUGUUUUACGCUGUUGUAACUGUAAGAAAGCAAAACAUUCUACUGACCACAGCAUCUCCUUGAGAUCAUCAUGCAGUAAAUCUAGUUGUUCUGAAGGAAAAACUUGGGAAUGCCAGAGCCAUAGUUUACCUAUCUCCCACAAAAAGUCACGUGUGGUUGAGAACCAAGGCACAACCCUGUCUCCUUUUCAGCUAUCAGAGCCCCAAAAAUCCAAACUUUUUCAGAAUUUGACAGAUCUUUCACCCUUACAAUCUCAGAGCCCUUUUAUCAACUCUAUUUCUGAGCCUCUAAAUAUCUGCAAACAGAAAAGGGAAAAAAAAGAUGAGAGAAGGAGCAAGAGUCAUUUGAUAUCAGAUCACGAGCCAAAUUCUGUUUCCAGGGAGAGACCACAACUCCCAAGGUGGGCUCCAUUCAAGCUCUCUCCUUCGGUUAGAAGAAAGCUAAAAAGACAUAUAUCUCAGAAGGCUUUCUCUUUGCAGCAACAAAUGGUACCUUUACCUGUGAGGAAAUCAUGGGCGAUGUUCAAUUAUUUAACUGAAGUACAAAGAGGAGUCGCUGAAUCAAAUAAACUCCAAACUCAGUUAUCUAUGCCCAUUCAUCAAAACACUGAGCAAAACAUUAACAAAAAUUCCCCAGACCUUCCAUCAUUUCCACUUCAUGUGAAUGCUGAAGUGGGAUCUGGAACAAAUAGCACAGAAACAAAACUUUCACAGUCACUUAUCUCAGGCAAGCAGUUACAACCUGGGGAUGGCCCCCAAAUCCUUGGAUCCAAGCCUUUCGUUACAUCAGUGGGCACUCUACCUCCAAGAAGUUUAGGACUUAAUGUAACUCAAGAGGAAACCGCUUUACUGAAGAAAGAGCCAAAACACAUACUAGAGCUUAGUAUAGAGAAGAGGGUCAUAGGUGUUCCAGAAAAAAGCAUAGAGCAGCACAAGACACAAGUGACUAAUGUGGACGUGGCACCAAGUCUACCAUAUCAAGUCAAGGACAGCAUAAAGGUAACUCCAUUGGCAUUACUUCAGGCCAUAGAGUCAAUGGCGAUGAUCCCAGAAGCACAUUCAGAAUCUGUGGGUUUGUUCCCACAGCUGCCAAGUCAAGUUGUGAAACCAAUGGAAACUAUGAAAACAAUGAGCAUAACCCCCAAACCACCAAAUCAAGUCAUCCAGUCAAUGGAGGCAGCCCCAAGGCCAAAGCACCAAGUUGUGGAAUCAGAGAGGAUGACCACGAGAUUACUGAAUCAAGUCACAGAUAAUGAGAAAGCAACUCCUGUAGCACUGCUUCAAGUUAUGGAUUCUAUGGGGAUGAUUAACAAAUAUCCACACACAGAAUUAGUGGGAACGACUUCAACACCACAACAUCAAGCCAUAGAGUCAGUGAAGAUGAACACAAUAUUGAAGCAUCAAGUCACAAAACCAGAAAAGAUGAAUGUAAGGCCACAACGUGCAGUUAUGGAAACUAUGGAAAUGAUGCCAGCGCCACAGCAUAAAGUCAUGGAAUCAGUUGACAUGACCUCAGGAUCACAAAGUCAAGUCAUGGAACAAGGAAAGACUAUUCCAGGGCCAAUAUGUCAAGGCACAAAGUCAUCGGAAGUGAUCUCAGCACCAUUACAUCAAGUGGAAAAAUCUAUUGGGUUGACCCAACCAUCUUUAGGAACUACUCCAGGGCCACUGAGUCAAACUUCAGAAUCUGUGGAGAUGAGCUCAAUGUCAUUCCAAGACACUCUUGAGACAAUGCACCAACUUGGAAAAGCAAUGGGGGAAACUCCAGUAUCACAACACACAACAAAAGAAUCUCCAGAUUUGAUACCAGGAUCAGAGAUACAAAGUGUGAAAUUAGAAGUGUUGACCACAGAGCAACAGCCCCAUGAUAUGAAGUUUGUUCAUGGCAAUCUAGGGCCAUGCUUAGAAAUUACUGAGUUGUCAGAGACACCCCCCACCUCAGAACAUAAAGACCCAGAAACUGUGGGGUUGGCAUUGCCUCAAGUUGGUAAGACCCAGGGAGUUAUCCCACUAUCACUAGAUUCAGAAACAGGAGUUCUGGAGUUGACUCCAGGACCAGAUAUGCAGUAUGAGAAAUCAGAGCCACUACUGCAAAAUUUGAAAUCUGCAGAGUUAACCAGUGAGUCAUCUCCAUUAGUGAUAGGAUCUAAAAAGUUAAUUACAGAACCAAAACCACAUGUUAUGGACCUGACCCCAGGGCCACAGGUCCAGGGAGGAAAGUCUAUGCAGUUGGAUCUAGAGUCACAGUUGCAAGACGCAAAACAUGUGAAUUUAAUCCAACAGUCAACUACAGGAGUGGGAAAAUCAGAGGAGAUGAUACUGGAUCUACCGCUACAAAGUAUGCCAUUGGAGGAUUUGACUAAGAGGGCAGAGCUCCAAGAUGUAAACUCUGUGGAUUUAAAUCUAGGCCCAUGUCAGCCAAGUGUCAAAUCUGGAUUGACCCCAGGGCCACAGUCACAAAGUGUCAGGUUUUCAAAGGUAUUUCCAGGGCCACUCCUUCAAGGAGAAAAACCUGUAGAUUUAAUCUCACAACCCCUACAUUAUGGUGCAAAAUCGGAUGAACGGACCUCGGAUUCCCCAGUUCAGUACAUCAAAUCAUCAGAUUUCAUCCCAGACCUAACACCCCAAAGUGUCAAAUUUGUACAGCUGACUCCAGAAACACAACCUCAAGGUGUGAAAUUUGUGGAGCUAAACCCAGGACUAGGCUUGCAAGAUGUCAAAUUUUCUGAUUCGAUCCCAGGGUCAAAGCACCAAGGUUUCAAACAUGUGCAGAUGACACCAGGAACUCAGCCUGAAGAUAUAAAGUCUCCAGGUUUUAUGCCACAGUCGUCUUUGCAGUUAAGCCAAGGGCCACAUGUUGAAGACAUGAAAUCUGUUCUGUCUGCUGAAGGAUCACAGUUUCACAGGAUGAAAUCUGCAAAACUGACCUCAGAACUACCAGUUCAAAGUGCAAAAUCUGAGGAAGUAAACCUAGGGCCUUGGCAAAAUCUCAAAUUUUCUGAAUUGACUUUAAGGCCAAAGCUGCAAGGUGUCACAUUUGGGGAUCAAACUGCAGGAUCAGUGGUUCACAGUGUGAAUUCUGUAGAGGUGGUUCCAGAGUUAGGGCUGCAAGAUUCCACAUUAGCAAAGAUGUCUCAAGGAACUCAAAGCAUGAAACAGGAAGGGCUUAACCGAGAGCUGCAGCUACGAGAUGUCAAAAUUUUUGAUUUAGUACCAGGAACUCAACCUCAGGGUGUGAAAUCUUUAGAGUUAAACUCAGGACCACAGCUACAAUGUGUACAAUUUUUAGAGUUGACCCCAGGGCCAAAGAUGCAAGGGGUACCACCUAUGGCAAUGGCUCCAGGGCCAGAGGGGCAAGGGGUUAAUCCUCAGUUGUUAGUACCAGAGCCACUGUUUCAAGAUGUAAAAUAUGUAGUAGGCAAUCAAGUGCCAAGCCUUAAAGCUGACGUUUCCAGUAAAUUAAUCUCAGAGCCACAAAUGCCAGAUGCAGAAUCCAUGGGGUUGACUCCAGGACCACAGCUGCCCAGUGUAAAUCAUUCUGAGUUAACCAGAAAACCACAGUUACAAGAUAGGAUAUCUUCUGGAUUGACACAAGGACCACAGUUCCAAGACGUAAAUCCUGUGGAGGAGAGCCUAGUCUUAAAACUUCAAGGUUUCAAACAUGAAAAGCUAACCCCAGAGCCACAGCUAGAAGAUAUGAAAUCUGUGGAAUUAGUCCCUGGGCCACAUUUGGGAGAUAUGAAAACUAGGCAGCUAACACCAGAGCCAGAAUUGGAAGAUGUCAAAUCUAUCAUGUUAACCCCAGAGCCACAGGCAGGAGGUGUAAAACUUGAGGAGGUAACCCCAGGCUCAAAGCUCCGAUCUGAGUUACUGGUCUCACAGUCACAGUUAGAAGAUAUGAAAUCUGUGACCUUAACUCCAGGACCAUGCCUGGAAGGGAUGAAAUCUAUGGAAAUAACUCCAAGUCCACAGCAGGAAGGUGGGAAAUCCGUGGCAAUAAGCUUAAAAUCACAGAGAGGAGAUGUCAGAGCUGUGGAAUUCAUCCCUGAUUCGGAGCUUCAAGAUGUAAAAUCUGCGGAGUUGGUCCCAGAUACACAGCUGCACGAUAUGAAAGCUGUGAAAUUAAAAUUUGGGCUAAAGAUGCAAGGUGAGAGGCCUAUGGCUUUUGCACCAGAGCCAUUGCCUCAAGGGGUUAAAUCUAUGGAGAUGCUUCAAAGGCCUCAGCUACAAAGCAUGAAACCUGAGGAACUGACUUCAGUCCCACAAAUGCAAGAUAUGAAAUUUGUGGAGAUUACUCCACGUUUAAAGCUUCAAAGUUUAAAAUCUAUAAAGAAGACUCAAGAUCCACAUCUGCAAUGUGUAAAAUCUGUAAAGCUUGCACCAAGGCAGAAGAGACUGGUAGUAAAAUCUGUGACUGUAACCAGAAGACAAGAGUUUGAAGAAGUAAAACCUGUGGAUUUAACCCUUGAGCCAGAACAGGAUGGUCAGAAAUCUGUAAACUCACUAGAGCAGCAAUGUGUGAAUUUUGAGCAAGUAAAGAGAGGGUCUGAGUCAGAAGGUAUAAUGUCUUUGGAGUUAAUUCCAGAGUCAAAAUCUGAAGGUAUAAAAUCUGUAGACCUCAAGUCUGACCCACAGUCAAAAGGUAGAAAAGCAUCUGAGUUGACUCCAGAACCAAAUAUGCAAGAUGUAAAAGCUGAAGAGUUCAAACAUGAACCACAGUUGCAAAGUCUGAAAUAUCCCAAGUUGACUCCAGGACCACAGUUGCACCAAGCGAAACCUUUGGGCUCAACUGCAAAGCCACAGCUUCAAAGUGUGAAAAUCAUGGAGUUAAACAAAGAGCCAGAGGUUGGAAGAAGAAAAUCUGUUCAGUGGAUAACAAGACCUGAGUUCCAAGGUGUAAAAUCCGUAGGAUUAAAUCUUGGGCCACAAUCUCCAAGUGUCAAAUCUGCAGCGUACAAACUUUCCUUACAGUUGGGAGAUAUGGUAGCAUCUAAAUUGGUUCUAGCACCAAAACUUCAAGGUGCAAAACCUAUGCAGUUUAACCUUGGGGCACAGUUGAAGUGUGUAAAAGCCCCUGAGUUGUCUGCUGGACCACAAUUACAAAAAGGGAAAAUUUUGGCUUCAGGCUCAGAGCCACAAGUUCUAGGUGUGAAAACUGUGGAGUUAAACCAAGACUCACAGCUUGGAAGUGUGAAAUCAGUGCAGUGGAUACCAGGACCUGAGUUCCAAGGUGUGAAACCUACAGGGUUAAAUCUUGGUUCACAAUCUCAAGUUGUCAAACCUGCAGAGUUGAAAUCUUCCAUAGAGUCAGGAGGUGUAAAGUCAUCUCAACUGCCUCUAGGGCCAAAACUUCAAAGUGCAACAUCUAUGGAGUUUAACCUCGGGUCACAGGUGCACUGUGUGAAAGCUGCUGAGUUGUCUCAAGGACCACAGCUGCAAAAAAGGAAAAGUCCAGCAUCAAGCCCAGAGCCACAGCUUCAAGGUGUGAAAACUGUGGAGUUAAACCAAGACUCACGGCUUGGAAGUGCAAAAUCUGUGCAGUGCAUACCAGGUCCUGAGUCCCAAGAUGGAAAAACUGGAGGGCUAAAUCUUGGUUCACAAUCUCGAGGUGUCAAACCUGCAGAGUUGAAAUCCUCCGUAGAGUCAGGAGGUGUAAAAUCAUCUGAAUUGAUUCUAGGGCCAAAAAUUCGAAGUGCAAAACCUGUGGAGUUUAACUAUGGGCCACGGUUGCAAUUUGUGAAAACUCCUAAGUUGUCCCAAGGACCACAGUUGCCGAAAGGGAAAAUUCUGGCAUCAACCUCAGAGCCACAGCUUAAGGGGGUAAAAACUGUGGAGUUAAACCAAGACUCACAGCUUGGAAGUGUGAAAUCUGUGCAGUGGAUACCAGUACCUGAGUUCCAAGGUAUGAAAUCUAUGCUAAAAUGUGGUUCACAAUCUCAAGCUGUCACACCUGUAGAACUGAAAACUUCAAUACAACUAAGAGAUGUGAAGUCAUCUGAAUUGACUCCAAGGCCAAAGCUCCACAGUGUACCACCUUUGACAUCACUCCAGAAACAUCAGGUGCCAGUGUUCAAAACUAUUGAUUUGAAAUCUGGGUUACAGUUGAGAAGUGUGAAGUCAUGUGGCCCAAUUUUAACAUCAAAGCUCUGUGAUAUAAAAUCUAUGGCAUUCAAACCUGGGCUUCAUUUGCAAGAUGUGAAAUCUUCUGAGUUGACCCCAAGACCACAGCGGCACAAAGUGAAACAUUUGCAGGCAUAUCCAAGAACACAGCAGCAAGAUGUGAAGUCUCUAGUGUUUACACAAGAGUCACAGUUUUCAGGGGUGAAAUCUAAAGUAUUAAGCCAAGAGCUACAAUUACAAAGUGAUAAAACUGUAGGGUUCAACUUCUUACUGCACUUGAAAAGCACGAAAUCAUCCGAGUUGGCUCAGACAAAGCUUCCAGGUACGAAAUCUGAGGAGUUUAGCUCUUGGCCACAAUGGCAAUGUGUCAAAUCUUUUAAGUUGAACCCUAAGACGAAGUCCCAAGACAUGAAAUUUAUAGAGUUAAACCCCAGCUCACAGUUGAAAAAUAUCCCACAUUCUGAUUUGACCAUGAAGACCAAGAUUCAAGAUGUCAAAUCUACAGACUUCAAACCUGGGCCACAGUUGCAAAGAGUGAAAUCUUCUGAGUCGAUAUCAAAGACAAAGCUUCAAGAAGUGAAGUUAGUGGAAUCCAACUCAGGCCCACAGUUGCAAGAUUUGAAAUCUUCUAGGUCGAUCAUGGGUAUACUGCUUCGAGACAUUAAAUCUAUCGUUUUCAGUUCUGGACCACAUUUACAGAGUGUGAAAUCAUCUGAAAUGAUUCCAGGGGUGAAGCUUCAGGGUGUGAAACCUGUAGACUUCAAACCUAGUCCAAAGUUACAAAGUGAAAAAUCUGAUUUAACCCUGGGGAGAAAGUCUCCAGGUGUGAAAUCUGUAGAGCUGAAAUCAGGCCCACAGUUACAAGAUAUAAAAUCUUCCAAUCUGAUCAUGGGUAUAAAGCUUCCAGAUGUAAAAUCUGUGAAGCUCAGUUCUGGACAACACUUUCAAGGUAUAAAAUCUUCUGAGGUAACCUCAGGGACAAGGCUUCAAAGUAUGAAAUCAAUGUAUUUCAAUUCUGGACAACAGAUACAAGGUGAAAAAUCUUCUGAGUUGAUUCAAGGAACAAACUAUCGAGAUGUAAAAUCUGUAGAAUACAACCAUGGUCCAAAGUUACAAGGUGUGACAUCUUCUCAGUUAACCCCAGAGACAAAGCUUCAAGGUGGGGAAUCUGUGGAGUUCAACUCAGGCCCACAGUGGCAAGAUGUGAAAUAUCGUAACUCAAUCAAGGGGACAGAGCUUCAAGACGUAAAAUCUAAGGAGUUCAGUUCUGAUUCACAAUUACAAGGUACGAAAUCUUCUGAAGAGAUCCCAGUGACAAAGCUUCAAACAGUGAAAUCUGUGGGGCUCAUGCCUAGGCCAGUGCAGCAAGAUGUAAAAUGUUUUGAAUUGUCUCUAGGUACAAAGGUACAGGAUAGGACUUCGUUGGGGUUAAACUCAACCUCACAGUUACAAGAUAGAAAAUUAUUUAUGUCGACACCAGGGAUACAACAUCAAGGUGUGAAAUCUGUAGAAUUCAAUCCUGGGGCAAAGUUGCAAGAUAUGAAAUCUGGGUUGAUAAAGCUUCAGACAGUGAACUCUACAGAAGGCAACGAUGACCCAGAAUUGCAAGUUGCAGAACUCUCUAAGUUGGCCUUGGAAUCAAAGAUUCACAGUGUGGCACCUUCUGAGUUCAAUACUGAAAAGCAGCAGCAAGAUGAGAAAUCUCAUAUAUUGAAUCUGUGGCCAGACCUUCAAAGUGUUAAAUCUAUGGGAUUCGAUCCUGAGCCACAUUUGCAAUAUAGGAAACCUUCAGAAUUAUGUACAGGGACAAAGCUUCAAGAUGUAAAAUCUAUGAAAUUCAAUCUUCAGGAAAAGUUGCAAGGUGUGAAAUCUGAGUUGCACUUUGGAACAAGGCUUCAAGGUAUACAAUCUUUAGAUUUCAACCCUGGGCCACAGUUGCAAGGAAUAAAAUCUGCCAAGUUUAAUCCUGGGCCUGAGCUUCAAGGUAUGAAAUCUAAGGUGUUCUGCCUUGGACCACAUUUGCAAGAUGUGAAUUCUUCCGCAUCCAUUCCAGAGCCACCACCUCAGUGUGCAAAUUCUAUUGUGUGCAACCGUGGGCCAUGUUUUCAAGGUGUAAAUUCUUCUGCAUCUAUUCCAGGCCCUAAACUUCAGUGUGUAAGUUCUAAUGGGUUCAACUCUGGGUCAAACUUGCAAGGUAUUAAUUAUUCUGUAUCCAUUCAAGAACCACCACUUCAGGGUAUAAAUUCUAUUGAGUAUAAUUCUAGGCCAGAUCCACAAAGUGUGAAUUCUUCUACAUCCAUUCUAGGGCCCAAACUUCAGAGUGUUAAUCCUAAUGGGUGCAACCCUGGGUCAUAUUUGCAAGGUGUGAAUUCUUCUGCACUCACUCCAGAGCCACCACUUCCGUGUGUAAAUUUUAAUGGGUGCAAUCCUGGGCUGCACUUGCAAGGUGUAAAUUCCUCUGCACCCAUUCCAGGGCCAAAACUUCAGAGUGAAAAUUCUAUUGGGUGCAGCCCAGGGCCACAUUUGCAAGGUGUGAAUUCUGCAUUAAUGCCACAGCCACAAGCUCUGUGUGUAAAUUCUAUUGGGUGCAACACAGAGCCAUAUUUACAAGGUAUGAAAUCUCCUGAAUUAACUUCGGUUUCAAAACUUCAAGGUAUGAAGUGUUCUGAAUUGAACCCAGGGACAAAAAUUCAAAGCAAGACAUCUUUAAUGGUCAACCUUAGACCAUGUUUGCAAGAUUUAGAAUCUGAUUUGACACCAGGGUCAAAGUUUCUACGUGUAGCACCUUUGGAAUGCAACCCUGGGCCACAGGUGCAGUGUGCAAGUUCUUCUGAGUUGAAUCCAGGGCUAAAGUUACGAUGCGUAAAUUCUAUGGAGUGCAAACUUGAGCCACACUUGCAAGGUGUAAAAUCAGGGUCAAAAUUUCAAGUUAUGAAAUCUGAGUUGGAUCCAGGGCCAGAGCUUCACAGUAUAAAAUCUGUUAUGUUCAGCUCUGCGCAACAUUUACAAGAUGUAAAAUGUGAACUGACUUCAGGGACAAAAUUUCAAGAUAUAACACCAAAGGAGUUCCACUCUGGCCCACAGCUGCAAGGUAUGAAUUCUUCUGGGUUGAAUUCAGAGUCAGAAUUUCAAUGCAUAAAUUCUAUCAACUUGAAUCCAGGGCCACAGAUACGAGACAUGAAGCCCUCUGAAUUGAACCCUGGGUCAGAAUCUCAAGGUAUGAAAUCUAUUCUGUUCAAUCCCAGACCACACUUGCAAGGUGUGAAAUCUUCUGAGUUAAGUCCAGGGACUAAGUUUCAAGGAGUCCAAUUUUGGGGGAAGCACCUUGGCUCACAGCAAGCUGUGCAACCUGCAUUCAAUUUGAGUCCUCAGAUAAAUGGUACAAAAUCUGAGGUAUUUUUACCAGAGCCACUGCUUAAAGUUGUAAAAUCUGUGGACAUAAAUAAGCAGCCAUUGCUUUAUGAUGCAAAUUCUGCAAAAAUGAUUUCAGCCUCUGAGCUACCGGACUUAAAAUAUGAGGUAUUUACGCUAGAGCCAUGUUUUCAAAAAGCAAAAUCUGUGGAGUUAAAACCAGAACCAUAUCCUCAAGGUGUGAAAUCCGUGGAGUUAAAACCAGAACCAUAUCCUCAAGGUGUGAAAUCUGUGGAGUUAAAACCAGAACCAUAUCCUCAAGGUGUGAAAUCCGUGGAGUUAAAACCAGAACCAUAUCCUCAAGGUGUGAAAUCCGUGGAGUUAAAACCAGAACCAUAUCCUCAAGGUGUGAAAUCUGUGGAGUUAAAACCAGAACCAUAUCCUCAAGGUGUGAAAUCCGUGGAGUUAAAACCAGAACCAUAUCCUCAAGAUGUGAAAUCCGUGGAGUUAAAACCAGAACCAUAUCCUCAAGGUGUGAAUUCUGAGGAGGUGCAUUCACACCUCAGGCAGCAUAAUGUAAGAUCUAUGCUAUUUGUAUCAGAGCCACUUUCUCGAGAUGUGAAAUCUGUGAAGCCAACUCUAUGGCCACAACCUCAAAGUGUAAAUUCUUUGACAUCAUGCUUUAGGUCACAAUGCAUUAAAUCUGUGGCCUUUGCACCGAAGCUAUGUUUUCAAGAUGUAAAACCUAUGGAGCUGACGCCAGGGGCCCAACAGCAAGGUAUAAAUUAUCAGGAGUUGACUUCAGGAUGGCAAGAUGUGAAAUCAAUGGUGUUGGCACCAGAGCCAACUAGGAAGUUCUCAUCAGGACCAAUGUUGGCUAGUGUCAGAUUUUCAAAUUUGUCUCCAGAAUCACAGCAUCAAGCCAUGAAAUCUUUGGAGUUUACUCUAGAGUCAAAGUUGCAAAGUGUAAAACAUGUGAAAUUGUCUUCGGUGUCUCUGCAGCAAGAAAAAGUUGUUCAGCCUGAGAAAGCGACCCCUGGACCACCAUUUCAAGUUGUAAAGUCUAGGACAACGCCAAGGCCCACCCCUCAAGUGGUAGAAUAUAUUGAGUUGACUCCAAAACUGCAAGAUGUGCAACCUUGCACACAAAGGAAGGCUAAAAUUCAUACUCAAGCUUUCAGGAGUUCUACUUCCACAGCAGAUUUGCAGUCUGGGUCCUCCCAGUCCCCUGCUCCUGUACUAAUCGACAUCAGAGGAAGACAACACAGCAGCCCUGACCUGGAAGAAAAGACAAUAAUUAGAGCAUGUAGACACUAUGAAUCCAUUCAGGUUCACACCCUAUCGGAGAGUGACUCUGAAAUCACUCAGAAUGAGAAACGGGCUAAAGUGAGAACCAAAAAGACCUCUGGUUCAAAAUAUCCAAUGAAGAGAAUGACCAAGGGCCUUAGAAAACACAGAAAGUUCUACACAAGCAGUAGAACCACAAAAGAGAGACCCUCUAGGGAAUUACAAGCCCAUUUAAGAAGGAAGACGAUUGGAGCAGCUCAGACAAGUACUGCCUUCUUAAAAAGACAACCUAAGAAACCUUCCCAACCCAAGUUCAUGCAACUGCUUUUUCAGGGCCUACAGCGGGCAUUCCAAACAGCAUACAGAGUUAUAGCUUUUGCUGGGCAGAAGCCUGUGGACAGGACAAUCCCAGACAAUGUGUGGGCAAGCAAAAACUAUUAUCUGAAACAAAAUGGCAGGGACUAUUGCAUACCCAGAAAUCACAAAAGAGACAGGAGGUCAGCUGACAAGCCAAAGUCAGCAGGCUCAACCAUUAAGCAGGAGGACAUAUUGGGGGAAGGAAGAGACCAGUGCAGAUCAGCUCAACAGCCAAGAAGAGCUCACCGUUUCCAACCCAGACCUCUUCAACUUCCCAAGCCCACAGGUUCCCAAAGUGACAUCACUUUCCAAGCUGCCUCAGUGGAGCAGCCUUUGGGAACUGUCCAAAAGGACAGGAGUAGCAGAUCAAAGAAAAAUGAAAUCUUUAGCCAGGAGUCUAAGAACUUGCCCACACCAGGAACCAGAGUUCAGGCCCAAGGAAGAAUGCUACAUUGUUCCCCUGUGAAGAGAACCUGGCACCGUCCCCUUAAAGAGAAACUCACACACGAGGAGCAAAACCACCCCAGCUUCUAUAGGGACAGAACCCCACACAGUCCUGAGAGAACCGGUCAUAACCGCUGUUGGAGAAACCAUCGUAGUCCCUCCAAGAGGAGCCACUGCGGUCCCUCGGAGAGGAGCCGUCACAGUCCUUCAGAUAGAAGAUUUCGCAGUCCAUCUCAAAGAAAUCAACACAGUCCCAUGGAGAGAAGUCUUCACCGUGCUGCCCUUUCCAGCCUUUUUUCCUGUUCAGCCAUUGCCUCCCGUUUCUGCACCCCCAGCAUGGAAAGGCUUCCAUGUCUCUCUACAGGGGGUGGCAUGUGAGAUUCAUUCUCUAAUAAAGUGGCAAUAACUGA